AUGUGGGAUGUGAGGAAGGUUUUCCAAACAUUUGAAACAAAGGAGAGCUGCAUAGCCUUUGCUGAAGAGCAAGGGCUCAUAUUAACGAAAAGGAUUUGCAGGAUGCAUAAGAUCCCGAUGGUAUUAUCAAUGGCGGGGUCUAGUAUCGUCGGCACAUUUAUAUGCCGAAAAGGAUCGUGCCGUACGCGUUCAGCAAUAUCUAGGUCUAAGGGUACUUGGUUCGAGAACGCCAAAGUACCCUUAAACCAGAUAUUUUACCUUAUGUUUUGUUUUUCGUCGCAUUGGUCGCAUGAGGAGGUGCGUAAAAAUAGCUUUGUCAGGGAACCGUUUUUAUCCAGCGCUACCAUAUGCGACUGGUACAACUACUGCCGCGAAGCUGUAGUAUUAUACCAAGUGGACCAUCAGGAGAAGUUGGGUAAAAUUGGUGGCCCUGGGAAAAAAGUACAAAUUGACGAAAGCAAAUUUGGAAAGAGGAAAUACAACAAAGGCAGGAGGGUGGAAGGUCACUGGGUGUUGGGAAUGGUGGAAGAUGGCAGUGAGAACUUGCGGUUGGAGGUAUGUCCUGACAAUGUCAGGUCUGCUGAGGUGCUCAUACCCCUGAUUGAAAAACCCGUUGCGCCCGGCACAAUCAUUUGUACCGAUUGUUGGAAGGCGUAUGAUUGCUUAUCAACUCACGGGUAUGAGCACCGUCGGGUAAACCAUAGCGAUCCUGACAAUCCGUUCGUUGCGGAAGACGGGACGCAUACCCAACGAAUUGAAUCCCAGUGGCGGGUAAUGAAAAGAUUUUUCUCAAAGGAUAAUUACAACAAUCCAGAAAACUUUGCGGAUCUUAUCAUUGAAUAUGUGUGGCGAAAAAAUAUUGCAAAUAAGCAUGAAGAUCCUUUUGUGAAAUUAAUUGAAGCAAUAAUACACACUUACAAACCAUAA